AUGUCAUGGUUCUGGUCUCGGAAGGAUGUGCGCCUGGCGCAGGCCGCGAAGGACGGUAACCUCUAUGACGUGACCAAGCUGCUCGACGCCGGCCUCGACCCCAACAGCUUUGACGAGGAAGGUCAUUCGCCGCUGUACCUGGCGGCGGCCAAGGGCCAUUACGCCGUCGCCUCCGUGCUCUUGCAGGCGCGCGCCGACAUCAACCGAAGCGAUCGCGUGGGCCAGACGCCGCUGCUGAUUGCAGCCUGGUAUGGCCACGACAAGGUCGUUGCGAUCCUAUUGCAGGCCCGCGCAGACGUCAACAAGGGCCGACGGGACGGAUGGACGCCGCUGCACAUCGCGUCCUUCAACGGCCAUGCCGCUGUCGUCGGCCUGCUGCUCCAAGCCCGCGCCGACAUCAACCGUAUCAGCAAGGUGGAUCGAACACCUUUGCAUUUGGCAGCGGUCAAGGGCCAUUUGCGCGUUGUCUCACUCCUCCUCGACGCGAGCGCCGACGUCAACGAGAUCGACACUGUGGGCCAGACGCCGCUGCACAUUGCCGCCUGGAACGGCCACGACAGUGUCGUCCAGCUCCUUCUCCAUGCGCGCGCCGACGUCAACAAGAACGACAAGGCAGGAUGGACGCCCUUGUACGUGGCCUCGGAGAAGGGCCACGUCGCCGUUGUCGCGUUGCUGAUCGCGGCCCACGCGCGCGUCGACCAGCGAAGGGGGUGCGAUGCGUGGACGCCGCUGCACGUCGCAGCCUGUAAUGGGUACGCGGCCGUGGUAUCGCUCCUACUGCAGGCCAGCGCCGAUGUCAACACCACGAGCAAGGCAGGAUGGACGCCCUUGCACUUGGCAGCCGUCAAGGGCCACGCUGCGGUGGUGUCGCUGCUGCUUGGCGCCAACGCCAACGUCAACCAAACCGAUCAUGAAGGUCAGACACCGCUGCACAUCGCAGCCGAGAAGGGACACGCGCCCUUGGUGACCCUCCUCCUCGAAGCCGACGCCGACAUCAACAUCAAGUCCAGGAAUGGCGAGAGCUUGCUGUUCACGGCCGUGCUGAGCCGCAACGCCAAGAUGACGCGCACGCUGAGUGACGCGGGCGCCGACGUCAACAAGUGCGACGAGAGCGGCCGCAGCCCACUCAUUGCCGCCAUCGAGCUCGACCACUUCCCGACUAUCAUUACGCUGCUGCAAGCCAAGGCCGAUGUGAACCAAGGACCACCGGGAGGCAUGACACCGCUCUGCAUGGCCGCCUUCAACGGCCAAGAAGCCAUUACCAGCAUGCUGUUAUCAUGCAACGCCGACGUCAACCUCCCGGGCACCGAUGGACAGAGUCCGCUGCUACUGGCCGUGACCGCGGGCCACAAGGGCAUUGUCGGCAUGCUGCUCGUGGCGGGCGCCGACGUCAACGGCGCCAACGCGCACGGCUACACGCCGCUUGCGCGCGCUACCAUGAACGGCGAUAGCGUGCUUGUCGAGAUGCUGUUGGCAGGCGGGGCCGAUGUCAACCAAACCGACAAGGACGGACGGACAGCGAUUUUUGUGGCCAGCUCCAAGGGCGACGACCCCAUGGUUGACCUCCUCCUCGAGGCGCACGCGGACGUGACGAUCGAGAACAAGGCAUGCGAGUCGCCAUUGCAGGUCGCCAUCAAGCACGGCUACCGUAAAAUCGCCCAAAAACUCCACAGCAUUCUCGUCCUCGAGGCGCCCAAAAUUGAGCUCGACGAAAUCGAGCUCUUGUCCGAGCAGCCGAUUGGUCGCGGCGGCCAAGGCAUCGUGUACAAGGGGCUCUACAAAACAACCGAAGUCGCGAUCAAGACGGUCUUUGACAAGGAAGGUAUUGCCGCGUUGGAGAUUGAGAUUGAAAACAUUAUUCGGUGCAAUUCGCCGUACAUUAUCAAGCUCCUCGCGGCCUACGGCCUGCACACGAACGAGCCCAAGAUGGUGCUCGAGUAUAUGAACAGCGGCAACCUUCGGCACUACCUCAACCGCAAGCGCGACGGUCUUCCGGUCGCGCUCGAGUUCUCUACGCUGCAGAUCGCAUGGGUCAUUGCGAAUGCCAUCUGCGAUCUCCACGACAAAAACUUGCUGCAUCGGGAUUUGAAGUCGGACAACGUGCUCUUGUGCUCGAAAAACUACAUCAAGCUCGCCGACCUGGGCAUCUCGCGGCAGUACGACAUCCACACGAUGACGUCGGCGGUCGGCACGUGGCACUGGAUUGCGCCCGAGGUGUUCGACGGCGGCCACUAUGACUUCUCCGCCGACGUCUACUCGUUCGGCGUCAUCCUCACGGAGCUCGAGACGUACCAGCGACCGUACUGGAACGUGCAUCUCGGGCAGAUGACACUCAUCGACCAAGUGCGCAACGGCGUGCUCCGGCCAACGCUCUCGGCCAAGUGCGACGAGUGGUACCGCCAGCUCACGGAAGCGUGCUUACGCCACGACCCAGCGUCGCGCCCCAAGGCCAAGGAGAUCGUCAAGUGCCUCGAAGGCCAGAUUGCGCAGUCGCGGAAAUUUAUAGACAGAAGUUGGGAGACCGCGUCGUUCGCGGCCAUGACCAUGGUGCCGCUCGCCAAUCUCGCGCGCGCGGCGUAA